AUGGAUCAAGAAACAGGGGAACAAUAUUACAGUAUCAUGGAUGUUGAUGCUGUCUCCUCUCCUGCUAUAACUGCUGCUGCUGCUGCUGCUGCUCCUGCUGCUGCUGCAGCUGCAGCUGCUGCAGGACUGACGCCGAACUCAGCAUACACUCCAGAGCUGCCAUCAGCAGCAGUCCUGCAGCAAGCAGAACUUGAGGGGGGCCCCUUGGGGCCCCCCUUAGGGGGCCCCCUCGGGGGCCCUUUGGAGAGUCAUAGAUCCGUAAGCCACCAGAAUACGUGGCAGCAGCAGCAGCAACAGCAACACUUGCAGCAGCAGCAGCAGCAGCAGCGGCUGAAUCCUGCAGCAUCGCAACGGCAGCAGCUGCUGCUUCCUGGUGGUUUUGUCAGCAGCAGAAGAGGAAGUCGGCGAUUUGUAGAGCAGCAGCAGCAACAACAACUGCAGCAGCAGCAGCAGCAACUGCAGCAGCAGCAGCAGCAGCAUAUAGGCAGCAACGUGAGCCAGGACCCUGGCGAUUUCUUUUAUAGCGGUGUCUCUGGGCUGCCAAGCCUUGCUUCUGUUGCAGCAACUACUCCAGCAGCAGCAGCAGCAGCAACAGCAUCUGCACCAGCAGCAGCAGCAGCAGACAGCGGCACCUCGCCUCAAGUGUUUCAUCUAGAAGGAGACAGCGAUGGAGAAGCAGCAGCAGCAGCAGCAGCAGCAGCAGAUCGAGAAGCAGCAGAGCUGCAGCAACUGCAGCAACGACUGCACCAACUGCAGCAACUGCAGCAAGGGCCCCCUGUAUUAUCUCCAUACAGCAGACCGUUUGCUGCUGUAGCUUCAUCUCCUGCUGUCUCCCCGCGUCUUCUGCCUGCUGCUGCUGAUCCUGUUGCUGCUGCUGCUGCAGCUGCAGCAACAGCAACCUCUCCUGUGUCACUGCAGCAGACACCGCAGACGCUGCCCAUACCCACCAUAUCAACUCCCCUAUCUGUACCCUUGCUGCAGGAGGAAGCAGCAGCAGCAGCAGCAGCAGGGGCUGGCGGUGCCCAGCAGCAGCAGCAUCUGCUGCACCACUCUCGUCCGCUGCAGCAGCAGCAGCAGAUAAGUCCUUCGUACAUGCCUACAAGGCAGCACUCAGUUAGUUAUCGGAAGCAGCAGCAGCAGCAGCAGCUGCAGCAGCAGCAAGAAGAAGAGUACCAGCAUAUUCUCCAGCGUCUGCAAGAACAGCGUCUUAUCUAUGAACAGCAGCAACAGCAGCAGCAACAACAACAGCUACUGCUCCAGCAACAGGAGCAAGAGCUUCAGCAGCAACAAGAGCAGCAGCUCCUGCUACAGCAACUGCAGCAGCAGCAGCAGCAGCAGCGCCUUGUUGGUGCCUCCCCCGAGCUGCGCUCUCUGCGAUCAGCAGCAGCGCAGCGGUCAGCAGAUGAUUCAGAAGCAGCAGCAGCAGCAGCUGCUGCUGCUGCUGCUUCUGCAGCAGCAGCAGCAGCAGAGCUUGAAGAUGGUGAACGUGCUGCGCAGCAGGCGCAGCAAGAUGCUGCCGUUGCGCAGAGUGCUGCUGCUGCAGCUGCUGAAGCAGCAGCAGGUGUGGAGGCCGCCGUUGCAGCAAAUGCAGCAGCAACAGCGAGAAGAGCAGCAGCAGCAGCAGCAGCACAGAGAGGUCCAGCUCUUGCAACCCAGGGGCAGGUAGCAGCAGCAGCAGCAGCAGAUGCAGAAGCUGCUGCUGCAGUAGCUGAGCAAGCAGAGGCCCUAGUGCAUGCAGCACUAGCCGAUCUACAAGCAGUAACACCCCACCACCUGCACCAGCAGCAGCAGCACCAACAGCAGCAGCAGCAGCAGCAGCAGCAGCAGCAGCAGCUGAAGCAGUCUAUAGGGAGACCCCCAAGGAGGUCCUCUAGGCCCAAUCUUAUAGAGAGGACUCUCUUACAGAAUCAGCAUCAGUUGCUGCCUAGCCAAGUGCAGCAGCUGCAUCAGCAGCUGCUGCAACAGCAGCAGCAGCAGCAGCAGCAGCAAUUCCUACACCAACGACACCAAAGGCCUUUCCUUCACCAUACGUUAAGGGCACAACAACGACAGCUGCAGCAGCAGCAGCAGCAGCAGCAGCAGCGUGCUGCAGCCGCCAGUCGAUCACCAUCCCCGCUGCACUAUAGGCAGCAGCAGCAGCAGCAGAGUGCACGCGCGCAGGAACUGCAAGAAAGACUGCGGCAGGUGAUAAGGGAGGAAGAGUUGAGUAGAAUGGAGUUGGCACUGCUGCAGCGGCAGCAGCAGCAGCAGCAGCAAGAGCAGCGGCUGCUGCAGCGGCAGCAGCGACCGUCUCUCUUAGGGUCUCCCUUGCUGCAGCAGCAGGAAGCUCAGGAGCAGCAGCAGCAACUGUUGCUGCCAGCAUAUCCAACAGAAGGAGACAUGUCAGGUUAUGGGGGGGAUUUGCUGCAACAGCAGCAGCAGCUGCUGCAGCAGCAAGUUGAAGAACCCUCCUCCCUUACGCAGCAGCUGUAUAUACAAGCAGCAGCAGAAGAGCAGCAGCAGGCUAUCAGCAGGCAGCUGCAGCAGCAGCAGCAGCUGCAGCAGCAGCAACAAACCACUUGGAGUCUUAGACCUACAGAGGGUACUGUAUCCUUUGGUGCCCCUAAGGGGCAGCAGCAACUGUCGUUGCAGCGCAGCAGCAGACAUGAUGGUCCUGCUGCUGCUGCUGCUCUUGAUACAAUAGCUGACCAGGUGUACGCAAUAUCCCAGCAGCUGACGGAGCAGCAGCAGCUAGCGCAGCAGCAGCAGCAACUGCAGCAGCAGCAAUGUACUGCUGCCUUACAAAUACAGCAGCAGCAACUUGCUCGUCAGGAGCAGCUGAUGUCCCAGCAGCGAGAGCAGCUGCAGCAGCAGCAAGAGCAGCAGCAGCAGCAGCUACGGGAGAUGCUUGAGGCAGCAGCAAGACUACAGCAGCAGCAGCUAGAGGUACAGCAAGCAGGUCUGCUGCAGCAGCAGCAAGCAGCAAAAGAGCAGCGCAACUAUAUAGCACAGCAAACUGCUGCUGCUCUAUCAGCAGCAGAUUCUGUUUUAUCAGAGGAGCUAUGUGACUGCCGCAAACCGAUCCCCGACCCCCAGGCACAUUUGCUGCUGCUGCAGCGGCGUCUUGUCCCCCGCAGCACAGCAGCAGCAAUAAAGGGCAGCAGCAGGACUGAUUUAUUCAGCAAAAUAAUUAAGGGAACCAUGGGAGCUUUAUGGGUAUUGGCAUUCCUAGUAUCUAUUGGUUUCUUAGCGUUUGUAUUAGUGUGCGGAGGAUCAGACUUUGCUUCUGCUGCUUCUGGCUGGCAGCAUUGGCGUUGGUGA